GCGAGUCAGUCUGACACCAGACCCAGAGGCAGACAGAAGAUCUCCAGAGACCGCACUGCCUCCUCUCGGGAUCGAGCUAGAAAACUGGGAGAAACUCACAUGUGUUGGACUUGGCGGUAAUGAGAUCGCACCCGUGAUUUCUGCAUGACUUUAUCUUUUUCUUAAUGUGCUGCUAAACUAUGGAAGCUGUGAGUUGUAAACACUCUGGCCCAGUAGAAGCUGUAGAUUGGCGUUUCUCUCUGUUAUUGGUAGAUUGAGGCGUUUAUAUACGAGUCUUCACAAUGGUGGAACCGUUGGGGUUUGUGGAGGCAUGGAGAGCCCAGUUCCCUGAGUCUGAUCCGCCUAAAAUGGACCUUGGCUCGCUGGGGCAUAUUGAACAGGAGCUGGACAAAUGCAAGUCCUCCAUCCGGCACUUGGAGAAAGAAGUCAACAAAGAGCGUUUUCGGAUGAUCUACCUUCAGACUCUUCUGGCUAAAGAAAGGAAAUCCUACGAUGGACAGAGAUGGGGGUUUAAAAAGAUGCCAUCAACAAAUGACAGAGAUCUGUCCAGCGGUGGGUCAGAAAACAGGAGGUCCUACACUGAAGAGGCACUGACAGAUGAGCAGAAGCAGAGAGGCUCCUGCAAGACUCAGAGGAACACUGGACAUCCAGAGGAGGUGGUGGAUGGUUUGUGUUUGGCGAAACAGAAAGAAAGGAUGUCACCUGUUCGCCAGGACUCCGAGCCCCCUGACUUCCCAGUUGGCACAGGGUCUGUGGCGGCCCUGAGGUCCAACUUCGAGCGCAUCAGGAGAGCCAACUCUCACACAGCCGGAGACAGCAAGGGGUUGUCCGUGAUAGUGAGCCAGGACAAGCCCUUCUAUGUGAACAUGGAGUACCACCACGAGCGAGGCCUGGUCAGGGUGAACGACAAGGAGGUCUCGGAUAAGAUCAGCACCCUGGGCAGCCAGGCCAUGCAGAUGGAGCGGAAGAGGUCCCUGCAUUCCCUGCCGGGCAACCUGUCUGCUGCUGCGGGGGACCUUGCCAAGCCUGUUCAGAGAGGCAGGUCCACUGAAGGGAGCUUCAAUGGGUCUCCCGACGACCCAGAGGUCAGCCCACACUUCCUGACAGAUGGGGCGAUCAGGUCCGCUGAGGGGAGGUCGGACAGACAGCCGGUGGAGUGCCAGCCGUACACCAGCGUGUACGUCGGAGGAAUGAUGGGUGAAGGGGACACUCGGGUGAUCCACAUAAGGGACCGCAGCAUGGACGAGGAUCCUCACCUCACCUGGCCAAGGCGCUCCUACUCUCCCGGGAGCUUUGACGAUGUCGGGGGCGGCUACACACCGGACUGCAGCUCCAACGAGAACCUGACCUCCAGCGAGGAGGACUUCUCCUCCGGCCAGUCCAGCCAAGUGUCUCCCAGCCCGACCACCUACCCUAUGUUCAGGGAGAAGAGCCGCUCUCCCUCCCAAUACUCCCAGCUGUCCAUCGACAGUGGCAGCCCGCCUACCCCUCUGUCCCAGAAAUGUCUGAAGCAGCAUGGCGUCCCCUCCAUCGUCGGGGUCCGUAAGAGGGGCCACAUGUGGCCCAGUGAUGGGGACUCCACCACAUCCAGCAGGACCUCCCAUGACAACAGUGUUCAAGGAGAUCUCGACAUGGAAAACCCUCCAUCUUAUGGCUACGACCUGGAGCAUUCCGAGGAGCACCCGCCUCGCCAYGAGACUCUGUCCUUCAGCGGCUCGCCGUCCUCCUCGCCGCGGCUCCGCUCCAAGAACCGGAACAGCCGGGACACGCAGUCGUCCGGUUCUCUGGAGUCCACGCAGUCGGUGGAGCUGGAACAGGAAAAGGGGCAGGAGAUGAGGAAGUGGGUUCUGUCUGGGAUCCUGGCCAGCGAGGAAACGUACCUCAGCCACCUGGAGGCCCUGCUGAUUCCCAUGAAGCCUCUGAAGGCGGCAGCCACCACCUCCCAGCCCAUGCUGACCAUCCAGGAGAUAGAGACCAUCUUCUUCAACGUGCCUGAGCUCCACGAGAUCCACAAGGACUUCUAUGACGCUCUGCUGCCCCGAGUCCAAGACUGGAGCCACCAGCAGUGUGUGGGCGACCUCUUCCAGAAGCUGGCCAGCCAGCUCGGGGUGUACCGGGCCUUCGUGGACAACUAUAAGGUUGCCGUGGAKACRGCAGACAAGUGCUGCCAGGCCAACGCRCAGUUUGCACAGAUAUCUGAGAAUCUCAAGGUUAAAAGCACAAAGGAAUGCAAAGACCAGUCUGCUAAAUAUUCUCUGGAAACUCUCCUCUACAAACCUGUGGACAGGGUGACGCGCAGCACUCUUGUUCUCCAUGACCUGCUGAAGCACACGCCCUCCGGUCAUCCAGAUUACCCGUUGUUACAGGAUGCCCUCCGCAUCUCUCAGAACUUUUUGUCCAGUAUUAAUGAAGAGAUCACCCCACGCAGGCAGUCCAUGACCGUUAAAAAGGGAGAGAGGACGACGAAAGGAGCCAAAGUUAUAGAGCGGCUGAAGAAGAAGUUGUCUGAGCAAGAGUCACUGCUGCUGCUCAUGUCCCCCAACAUGGCGUUCAGAGUGGCCAACAGAAACGGCAAAGGAUUCACAUUUCUGAUCUCCUCUGAUUACGAGCGGGCAGAGUGGAGGGAGAUAAUUCGCGAGCAGCAGAAGAAGUGCUUUAAGAGCUUCUCCUUGACCUCUCUGGAGCUGCAGAUGCUCACAAACUCAUGUGUGAAGCUCCAAACUGUUCACUCUAUCCCAAUGACCAUGAAUAAGGAAGAUGACGAAUCCUCUGGUUUGUACGGCUUCCUGAACGUCAUCGUCCACUCUGCCACUGGACUCAAACAAAGCUUAAGUAAGCACUGCCAGCUGGGAGAGGAACAACUGGAUCCUCAAACUCUGCAGAAUAAAGACUGGCAGAGGACAGUGAUUGCCAUGAAUGGGAUCGAGGUGAAGCUGUCGAUGAGGUUCACCAGCAGGGAGUUCAGCUUGAAGCGAAUGCCGUCACGGAAACAGUCUGGAGUCUUCGGAGUGAAAAUCCACGUAGUCACAAAGCGGGAACGCUCCAAAGUCCCGCUCAUCGUUCGCCAGUGUGUGGAGGAGAUCGAGAGACGUGGGAUGGACGAAGUGGGGAUAUACAGAGUGUCCGGUGUUGCUACYGACAUCCAGGCCUUGAAAGCCGCUUUUGACUCAAACAAUAAGGACGUGUGCGUGAUGAUGAGGGAGAUGGACGUGAACGCCAUCGCUGGAACACUGAAGCUGUAUUUCCGCGAGCUUCCGGAGCCUCUCUUCACCGACGAGCUGUAUCCCAACUUUGCCGGAGGGAUCGCUCUCUCRGACAGCGUGGCUAAGGAGAGCUGCAUGCUCAACCUGCUGCUGUCGCUGCCAGAGCCAAAUCUGGUGACAUUCAUCUUUCUGCUGGAUCACCUGAAGAGGGUGGCUGAAAACGAGAGCAUCAACAAGAUGUCGUUGCACAACCUGGCUACUGUUUUCGGUCCCACUUUGCUUCGACCUUCGGAAAAAGACAGUAAACUCCCAUCCAGCUCCCAGCCCAUCUCCAUGAACGACAGCUGGUCUCUUGAGGUCAUGGCUCAGGUUCAGGUCCUACUUUAUUUCCUCCAGCUGGAGAGCAUUCCUGCCCCCGACAGCAAGCGGCAAAGCCUCCUCUUCUCUACGGAAGUAUGACAGGAACACGACAAACCUGGGCCGUAACUACCCCGCUCUGAGGAAGAAUGCCCCUACUUCCGUUAGCCACCAGGAGGCGCCAUCAUCCUCUGUUAAAACUGGAAACAACCACCGCAGUCAAAGCCAUUUCUUUGGGAGCUAAGCUUGUGGUCUGUUUACGUCAACCUGCUGUGUCAUAAAAAAGACUUCCCUUAAACAU